GUUUUCACGCGAGACUGCAAACUUGCGACAUACAAAAUUUUAUUGGUUUCUUUGAAUUGUUCAAUUGUUUGCAGUCGUCGUCGUCGCCGUCGUCGCCACAAAGUCUGCGACAAGAAUUAAUUAUUAUUGUUGGUCAAGUAGUAAUCAGUAAGGAUGGCUUCAAGUUUGCUGCGCAGUCUAAAAUUGGCAUCGUCAGUCUGCCUGCGUCCCGUCGUCUUGUCGCAGCAUCGCCAAGUUGGUGCCAUUUCUCCACUGCUUCAACAAUUGCGACCUAUUUCGACCUCCAAGAACAAGGAUGGGACCGGAACCGUUACUGCGGACGGGACAGGUGACAAAGUAGAAGAUAAGCCAAGGGCGGACGACUUUUCUUACGAGGCAGCAAAAAAGAAAUGGGUAUCAUUCGGCUUUCACUGGGAGACGGAAGAGCAGGACUUGAGUAUCCGAAAUUUUAUAAUGUUUAUGACCGUGACGAUCGCCAUUGUUGGGACUACUUUCAUAUUAGCGUACAUGCCAGAUAUUAAGAGAAAGCAUUGGUUCCAAAGAGAGGCGUAUAUCGAGCUAGCACGUCGCGAAGCCCUUGGCCUUCCCUUGAUCGACCCCAACCUCGUGCCACCAGAGAACAUCAACCUCCCGACGGAAGAGGAACUGGGCGAAUUCGACAUCAUCGUGUAACAAGAACACACAUAGUCAAAUAUUUCGAGUAGAGACAAGAUCGUUAAUAACAUUGAUAAGUUGUGUAAUAUUAAAUUUAGUAAGAAAUGAAAAUAAUGUAAAAAGUUAUUCCCUUCCGCCACAUGCACUGUCAUUUAGCGAGUCAGCGUUAACGAUAAAUAACUUAUCUUUAAAUUUAAGCUCGCCUGGAAAAUGAUCAAUGUCAAUUAAUAAUUAAUAAUAAAACAUGUGAAAGACAAAGAA